AUGAACUCUGACACUCCGCAUUCUAAUAUUGGAACUACCAAUAAUUAUUUUUUUAAUUUAGCUUCUCAGCUAGCCACACCUACAAUUUCUAAUAAUAACACCAAUAAUAGAGUAGCAGCUGGAGAAAUUGAGUUAAUUCAAAAUGCUUUACAACCAUCAUCCAAUAACACUAUUUUAGAGCACCUUACUUCAUGUGGUUCUCAGUCCACUUUAACACAACCAAUUUCAUAUGAUUUGUCUAAUAUGUUAUCUAGAAAUGAUUAUCAAAAUUUAUUAAAAAUAUUAGGAAAAAAUAUUAAUACUAAUAGCCAACAAAAUUCAUCUAAUAAUUUAUUAUCAAAUAACUCAGGUCAUUUUAAAAUUCCAACUCUUCCAUCUCAUAUACAAAUUGAAAAUAGUAUAGACCAACAACAAAAAUUAUUACAACAAAAAUUAUUUAUCCAUCAAUUACAACAAAUUCCUCCAACAACAACUACAUAUAAAGAUAAUUGUUCUCCUGUUUCAAAUGGUUUAUUUGAACAACAUAUGAUUUUAAUGAAUGCUAUUAAUUCAUCAGUUGAUAUAAAUCCUCUUAAUAAUCCACUAUCAUCUAAUAAUAAUCUCUUAAGUAGAAGUGGAAAAAAUAAUAUAGGAGAAAAAAACUCUUCAUUAGAACAAUUAGAAAGAUUAUCACAAACAGGUGCCUCGAGUAUAGUUGAGAAUGUACAGAAUUGUUAUCAAAUUAACAAUGAACCUAAUAAUAAUAAUAAAAUAUUACCAAGAAAUAUUUUUACCUUUAACCAAAGUAAUGAGAAAAAUAGUAAUUCAUUAUUACAACAAAUUGCAAAUAAUAAUUAUCAGGAGGAAAGUAUGGAUAGACAACUUACAAAUAUUACUAAUGGUGAUGAUAAGACAGAGAAAAUUGAUAUAGAACCAUUAAAAGGAGAACUGACUGCUUUUCCAUAUUACCCUACACAUUAUAUGAGAGGGACACAAAUACAACUUUAUGAUGGUACUUCUAAACCUGUUAAUAUGAUGGUUUUAGAAGAUUUUAAAAAUAGUUUAGCUAAUAUGAAAGAAGUUGAAUUAAAUUAUGGUAUUGUUUUAACAAUUAAUCAAAUUGAUGUUUCUGGAAAUUUUGAUAAUUUACGAAAUACACAAAUUCAAUAUAAAUUAAACUUUAAAAUGGUUGGUUCAAGUUCCACUGUUACUGUUAAUGCUGUUUCUGAGUUUCCUUUUUUUGAACAAUCUCACGGGUGGUCUUCAUGUAAUCCAGUAAGAUCUCUUAGUGUAUAUGGAUUAGAAUGUAGAAAGCUUCAAACUGGAGAUGUGUGUUUGAUUGCAACACCAAAACCAAAUAUAAAAGAGUCAUUGAAUGAUGAUACUGUAUCCUUAAAUAAUAAUAUUAACAACAACAAUAAUAUUUUUAAACAACCAAACCAUCAAUGCAUAAAAAAUUCAAUUGAAAAAAAUUUUUCAUAUCCUUCUCCAUCAUCUGUAGCAUCAAAUCAAUAUACGGGUACAUCAUCCUCAAUUAAUAAUUUAGAACAUUUAUUUCAACAAAAAUUACAUAAUCCGUCAUCAAUAUUUCCUAAGGAAACAAUUCCCUACAAUAUUACAUCUAUUUUUUCACAAGGAACGUCACCUUUUUCAUUUCGUCAUUUGGAACAGGUGAAUAAUUGUCAGUUACAUAAAAAUGUUCAACAAAACCAAUUAUCAGACUUUCAUCAAUCACAUUCAAUACAAGAACAUUUACAAAAUAAUACUAAUUUUAAUGAUGGUUCAUCAUCAAUUAAAAAACGAAAAUAUUCUUCAGAUAUGUGA